AUGGGUAUACUUACGACGGCAGACAAGGAGAAGAUCAAACGUGCCGUUCCCAAAACGUCCAAUAAGAUCAUAGACGCCACCGUCGCUCGUCUAUACAUUGCACAUCCUGACCCCAAUGAAUGGACAUAUACUGGCUUGGUUGGGGCUAUAGCCUUGGUGGAUGAUUUGGUCGGCCAUACAUUCUUCCUUAAGCUUGUGGACAUUCUAGGUUCCAAAGGUGUGCUUUGGGAUCAGGAACUUUAUGUGAACUUUGAGUACCAUCAGGAUAGAAAGUUCUUUCAUACGUUUGAGAUUGAGGAUUGUCUUGUGGGACUCCUUUUCGAGGAUACCAGUGAUGCUGGCCACUUCUUCAAGCGUGUGUCGAACAGAAAGAAGUACGCCUCGAAGGAUACUUCGAAGAACAAGAACGCUAUUGCAUUGAAGGGUCAAUUGGCGCCAGAGGCUGCCAAGAUUGGUCCUAGAGGAGAGUACGUCAAUGUCCAAACAGACCAGAGAUCCCGUAGGGCAAGAGGUGUUCUUUACUACGACGACCAGCCUCCUCCGGAGUGGAGACUGUUAUAUGCUGAGUUGGCUUCUGCCGGUAUCACAGAAGAUAUGAUUGCCGAGAACCGGCAGUUUAUCAAGGACUAUAUUGCUAAACAAGGAGGCCCCUUGGUCGGUCUUGAACCUCCUAUUCCAAGGAAGCAUGCUGCGCCUGCUCCGCCUGCUAAUGUGUUUGACGAUCAUGCUCAAGUCGAUGACCGGCCAGCUGUGCCCUCCAAGAAGAAUAAGAAGGCUCCUCCUCCACCUCCUCCGGCCGGAGCACCUGCUCAAACACCUCCAGAGCUCACGCCAACACCUACAAACUACAGCACGCCUAAUGAACUCACGCCGACGCCAACGCAAAGCUCCGGUGGCUCGCCAGCUCCAGUUAACUUUCAUCCUGAGAACAAGUUCAGAGUUCCUCCUUCUUCAGCACAUGUGCCACAGGUUCCACAGUCCAUUUCAGGUCCAGAUGUUAAUAGACCUGUUCCUGCUAUUCCUCAACAAAAUUCUGGUAGCUCAGGACUGUCACAGCGGCCUCCUCUCUUCGGAAAUGUAUCUGAGUAUGGUCAACCGGUUCAGGGCUUACAACCUCCUCCACCUCCACCAGGGCGUGCCAAUAGUGCUACACCUAACGGUCCUCUACCUCCUGGGAGAGGUAAUCCUCCUCCUCCACCGGCUAGAGGAAAUCCUCCUGCUCCUCCUCCAAGAGGCGGCGUGCCUCCACCUCCACCUCCGAGAGCCAAUCCAACAGGAAAUGCUGUAACUCCUCAAAGGACAGGUGCUCCUCCUCCACCUCCUCCUCGUGCUGCGAGAGGUGCCCCUCCUCCACCCCCAGCGAGAGGUGCAAGGACUCAACCACAGCCUACGCAGCCACAAGCUCAGCAACCUCCACAAGCUCAGCAACCACAACCUCCUCAGCAGCACCAGCUUCCUCCUCAAAGGACAGUUGCCGAGCAGGCUCCACCCCAACCUCCACAACAACAACCACAGGCAUCGGCCCCUCCACCACCGCCUCCAAUGCCUCCUCAGCAGAACGCUGCUCCCGCAGGUGGUGCUCCUCCGCCUCCACCUCCUCCAGACUUGAGCUCAGCGGAACCUUCAGCUCCAUUGCCUGCAGUGGAUUCCGGAAGAGAUGCCUUAUUGUCGUCUAUUAGGGGUGCUGGUGGAAUUGGAGCCCUUAAGAAAACCGAUAAGUCUCAGUUAGAUAAGCCUACGGCGUUACUUUCAGAGGCCAAGGGCGAGGAUCCUCCUCCUUCCUCUGGAGGUGGUGGCGGCGCUGGUGGCCAGCCAGAAUCGUUGGCUGAUGCUUUAGCCGGAGCAUUGAACAAGAGAAAAAACAAGGUCGCCCGUAGUGACGACGAAGACGACGAAGAAUGGUAA